AUGAGAGCGGUCUUACUGUACAUCCCGAUGCACACUUUACUUAUAUCUACUUUUGGAGUUCUUCACGUAUUUGGGGCAGUAAUUGGUCAGCCCCAUGUCGAGCCUCCAACCUUUCUCAACCAGUUAUUCCGGCCAGUCGUGCCUUACACCUUCAGGCCUACCAAGGUCCAUUCCACAAAGGGCUCAGUAUCCAACGCCGACGGGCUCGUUCAGUCUAGUGGCCCGAGUAGUCGCAACGGCACCCAAACAGUAACCAAGUUAUCCCCAAACUCGAGUAUCAUCCUGGACUUUGGUCUGAACGUUGGUGGAUAUCCACUAUUUGAAUUUGGUUCAGGUGCUCUGGAUCAUACUGCCGCUAUUCGAUAUACGGUAUCAGAGUCCCUCGCUGCACUUAAACCUGGAGUGGGUGACGGUUACCCCUUCAUGGGAUUCGCCGGUGCUCGAUCCCGGUCUGAGGUUAUUUCCGUUCCCGGAUGGGGAGAACGAUGGCUUGGAGGGGCCAUUCAGGGCGGGCAGCGAUUUAUUCUCGUUGAGCACAUCACUGGGACAUCGGACAUAACAAUUAACGAAGUUGGCUUUCAAGCCGCAACUGACGUUACUCCAAUCCCCGACCUUCCUGGGGCCUUUAACUCAAGCGAUGAAUAUUUGAACGAGUUAUGGAUGGCUGGUGCCCGGACUGUGCAAUUGGGCUGUACAAGCAAAGGCAGUAUUGCACCAGCGUGGCAUGUUUCCGCGAUAGGCACGUUAAUCGAAUCGAAGAACAUUGCUGUCCAUCAAAAAGGCCAAGUGUGGGGCCAGGUCGAUUUCAGUAUUUCUAUCUACGUUAUCAGCGGCUCUAUCUUCACCGUAAACAAGGGGAACCUGUUUGCUCCCGAGCCUGGCCCCACGGUAUUUUCUUUGAUAUUUGGACCCGACGGGGCGGGUACAUUCUCACGAUACCAAGGUUCAUCGGUCGAUUUUCCGUCUGGACUACUGACUCCUGGCAAAUGGCACAAUCUCAAAUUCUCCGUUCGCGGUGAUACCAAUGCGAGCAUGACAUUGAGCAUAAAUGAGGUUCAAAUCGGAGCAGUAUCAUUUGAUGGCACUCCAUCUGCGGGGCCUCUGGGGAUCUCUGCCGGAACAGAUACUGCAGUUAUUGUCAAGAAUUUUUUGGUUCAAGAUAUUGAUGGGAAUACACUAUAUUUCAACAGCAUGACAAGCCAGAGUGCCUUGGAAGACUUCGCGACUGGAACCAACUACUAUGGCACGGAGCUAAGAGAGACCGAGUGGUAUGGGCAGGGGAUUUCUCGAUUUUUGGUCCCACAGUGGCAAUUUUAUUCAACAGCAAAUGUCGAAGCGGUUGCGGGGAGCCUCCUGUUGUUUACUGGUAUACAGGACGCGCAAGGGCAGAUUUCCACCUCCAUACUUCCCAGCGCAGUUCCUUCAGAGGUUCCAACUAACGAAUGGAUUGGUAAUGACUUCUAUUCCCUCGUAUAUGCGAUAUCAGCAGCCAAUGCUUGGUAUGAAUGGUAUCAAUACACCGGCGAUGUACAAUUUCUCAAGAAGUGGUGGCCCGCAAUCAAGCGCGACAUUGAAUACGGCCUUUCCUUUCUUGAUCGUGCGACUGGGCUCGUUACUGUGGAAGGUUACACUUCCUUGAACUUCAACUAUUAUGAUGGUACCACUCCGGGUACUCAUAUCAGCGCGAACUCGAUUGUCGUGUGGGCCCUGCGUAAUGCUGCUCUCAUUAGUGAUGAUAUCGGUGACUCCGUCGCUUCGGAAUACCGUGAGGUUGCCGACAAGAUCGAAAAGGCGGUCAACGAUCGGCUGUUUAGCAAAAGAACAGGCGCAUACAUCCUGGUAGAUGGAAAUGAUACCGUCGGAAUAAGUCAGGAUGGCAACUCGUACGCAAUAUUAUCCGGCAUCGCGAGCGCGCCAGGUGCACCGAGCUCAGCGAGCGCAGUGAUUGAAGCCAUGCGAACGCUUGACACACCAUUCGGACCUCUUUCGUUCUCAAACACAAGCCGGUUCCUUCCGAUCGUGUCACCAUACGCAUCUGGAUUUCAUACAUGGGCAGCGUUCGAAGCCGGGAUGGACGAUGAAGCAAUAAGGCUGAUGCGGACGGUAUGGAAGAACCAGACAGACGUGAACAACCCAUGGUACACAGGGAUGACAUGGGAGUUUAUAAACGGAACCAGCGGAGAGCCAUACAAUUCACAAUCCUCAUCUCAGGCUCAUGGAUGGGGUAGUGCUCCUACCUGGCAGCUAUCUCGCUACGUGCUGGGUGUAUCUCCUGCAGCACCUGGCUACUCGACAUGGUCUUUUGCACCUCGCACGGUUGGCCUGACGUAUGCGAAUGGACGUGUACCGACACCAUGGGGAACGAUCGUUGCAUCAUGGGAGAGUACGGAGUCUGGGUUCAAGAUGCAAAUUAGUGCGCCACCUGGGACGGACGGGACUAUUGUGGUCCCAAGAGCUGCGAACAAAACAGUGAAUAUCAACGGAGUAUCCAUAGGGCCGAGUGGAAACACCACUUUACCGGAGGGUAUUACAUGGGCAGGAGUAGAUGGGAACUCCUACCGGGUGAACGUGACUAGUGGAAAAAAUACCAUGAGUAUCUCUGUCCGAUAG